AUGAAGUACGUUCUAGUGAGCGGUGGAGUGAUCAGCGGGAUUGGCAAGGGUAUAAUUGCGUCGUCGACAGGGCUUCUGCUCAAGACUGUGGGCUUGAAGGUCACGGCGAUUAAGAUUGACCCGUACCUGAAUGUAGAUGCAGGAACCAUGGCCCCGACUGAGCAUGGCGAGUGUUUUGUUCUGGACGAUGGCGGCGAAGUCGACCUUGAUCUCGGAAACUACGAGCGGUAUCUGAACGUUACUUUGACUUUCGAGAACAGCAUCACGACGGGGAAAGUGUACCAGCAUGUCAUCGAACGCGAGAGGAGAGGAGACUAUCUUGGCAAGACCGUCCAGGUGGUUCCUCACAUCACCAAUGCGAUUCAAGACUGGAUCGAAAGAGUUGCGAGAAUUCCUGUUGAUGACACAAAGGAAGAGCCGGAUGUCUGCAUAAUCGAGCUUGGCGGGACGGUAGGUGACAUUGAAAGUGCACCUUUCAUUGAGGCCAUGCGGCAGCUUCGGAGAAGAGCAGGUCGCGACAACUUUAUCCAUAUCCAUGUUUCGUUGGUGCCGGUCAUUGGCAGUGAGCAGAAGACGAAGCCUACACAGCAGGCCAUACGGGAUGCACGCUCAGCUGGUCUGGCGCCUGACUUGAUUGCAUGCCGCUGCCAGGAACAGCUGGUUGAGGCCACAACGAACAAGAUCGCCAUGUUUUGCCAAGUUGAGCCUUCGCAAGUCCUAGCUGUUCACGAUGUCGAGUCGACAUACCAUGUACCCCUUCUCCUAGAAGAACAAGGUCUCCCUAACCAGCUCCGCGAGCUCUUUCGUCUAGACGCAUACAACAUUGCCCCUUCGUUGGUCAUCAAAGGCCAGCAAAUUUGGCAGGAGUGGAAACGGCUGACCUCGUCACAAGACCGCUUCCUGGAAUCGGAGAAAGUCAACAUUGCCUUGGUCGGUAAGUACACGAAUCUUCACGACUCUUAUCUUUCCGUCAUCAAGGCUCUGGAGCAUAGCGCUAUGGCCUGUCGGCGCAAACUCAAUCUUGUUUGGAUUGACGCAAGCAACCUCGAGAAAUCGACAUUGGAUUCAAAUCCAGAGAAAUACCACAAGGCCUGGCACGAUCUGUGCACAGCCGACGGCGUCCUCGUCCCCGGCGGAUUUGGACACCGCGGUACCGAAGGCAUGAUCGCAGCUGCAAACUGGGCUCGAACGAAACCUAAGCCAUAUCUCGGAAUCUGUCUGGGCAUGCAAGUCGCUGUCAUUGAGUUUGCCCGCAACAUGUGCGGCCUGAAAAUGGCUCAUUCGGUCGAACUAGACGCACAGACGCCUGAUCCCGUGGUCAUUUUCAUGCCCGAAAUCGACAAGACGACCAUGGGCGGCAACAUGCGAUUAGGACUCCGCCCCACAAUCUUCCAGGAAAACACCGAGUGGUCGCGGCUGCGGAAGCUGUACAACAAUACACCAAGCAUUAAUGAGCGGCACCGUCACCGCUACGAAGUCAACCCAGAAUACAUCGCUCGCCUAUCCGACGCUGGCCUAACAUUCAUUGGCAAAGACGACAAGGGAGAGCGCAUGGAAGUGAUGGAGUUGAAAGAACAUCCAUUCUUUGUGGGCGUACAAUUCCAUCCUGAGUACCUCAGUCGGGUGCUCCGGCCCAGUCCACCUUAUUUGGGUUUUCUGGCCGCGAGCGCCGGGAUGUUAGAGCAAGUCUUCUCUGCCGUGGCUACAAGAAACGAGUCCCUCAAUGGUGAUGGCGCUCACGCGCCAAAUGGAAACAGAGUCAAUGGUGCCUUGACCAACGGCAUGAGCCAGGUAUCUCUUUCGGCAUCUUCAGGCUUUUGA